AUGGACCUCUCACUAAUUCCGGCCAUGUCUCUCCUCGUCUGUUUUCUCUUAACACUCUUCUUUUUCUUCUUUGCCACGGCAAAAACACGAAGGAACUCCAGCGAAAGUGGUCGAGGCUCAUUUCCGCCUGGUCCUCCGGGACUCCCAUUGGUCGGAAACAUAUUCCAACUCGGUCUUAAUCCUCACCGUUCACUUGCUGCAUUUUCCAGAACUUAUGGAUCUAUAAUGAGUUUGAAGCUUGGAAGGUUAACCGCAGUGGUUAUAUCUUCACCGGAAGCAGCUAAAGAGGCACUUAAAACACACGACCAUGUCUUGUCCGCUCGAACAUUUAACGAUGCGAUUCGAGCCUUUGAUCACCAUAAACACUCCGUUGUCUGGAUUCCUCCAUCUGCUCGUUGGAGGUUUCUGAGGAAAACGAUAGCGAAAAAUCUGUUAUCACCGCAAAACCUAGACACUAUUCAAUCUUUAAGAAUGAGAAAGGUGGAGGAACUUGUGAGCUUAGUUAACCAAUUUUGUGAGAGAGGAGAAGCUAUUGACAUGGCUCGUGCAUCCUUCGUCACAUCUUUCAAUAUCAUCUCAAAUGCUCUGUUUUCGGUAGAUUUGGCUACGUACGACUCGAACUCCUCGCCUUACGAAUUCCACAACACGGUGGUUCACCUGAUGGAGAUCUCCGGGAAACCCAACGCAGGAGACUAUUUCAGGUUUCUAAGGUUUCUUGAUUUGCAAGGUACUCGAAAAGAAGCGGUCCUCUGCAUAGAGAGAUUAUUUAGGGUUUUCCAAGAAUUCAUCGACGCUCGGCUAGCCAAAAGAUUGUCUAAUACAGAGGCUUCGAGUAUCGAUACGUUAGAUUCCCUUCUAGAUCUUACACAAGAAAACGAAGAAGAAUUCACCAUUAAAGAUAUCAAACACAUGCUUCUCGAUCUGUUUGUUGCGGGCACGGAUACAAACUCUAGUACAAUGGAGUGGGCAAUGACGGAGUUAAUCCGUAAACCGGAGAAGAUGGUCAAAGCUCAGAGUGAGAUACGGCAAGUGAUAGGUGAAAACGGUGUCGUUCAAGAAUCUCAUAUCCAGAGUCUCCCUUACUUGCAAGCAAUUUUGAAAGAGACCCUUCGUUUGCAUCCUGCAGCUCCUUUGAUUCCUCGAAAAUCCGAAUCUGAUUUCCAAAUCUUCGGUUUCCUCGUUCCUGAGAACACUCAGGUUUUCGUGAACGUCUGGGCGAUAGGACGAGACUCGAACGUGUGGGAGAAUCCAAUGAAGUUCGAGCCAGAGAGGUUCUUGUUACGAGAAAUCGAUGUAAAAGGCAAAGAUUUCGAGCUAUUACCGUUUGGAUCGGGACGAAAGAUGUGUCCGGGAUACUCGAUGGCUCUUAAGACAAUGUCUAUGGUCCUUGCCUCUCUUCUCUAUUCCUUUGAUUGGAAACUUCAAAACGGUGUCUUCCCUCAAAACAUUGACAUGAGCGAGGUCUUCGGUCUUACCUUACACAAGGCAAAACCUCUUUGUGUUGUACCCAUCAAGAAACCUACAAUAUCGUCUUAA